AAACGUAAUACGUAAAAGCGUUGCGUUUCGCGGAAGUUCUACAGUUGUUAUCAUUUUAGCUUGUCAGGAAGCUGUGUUUGCCUGCUUUUAAACCGAAACACAAAGACAAAGUCAACACACAAUCCAUCAUGCUUGGUGGUGGAUUCAAAGCGGAGAGACUUCGAGUAAAUCUCCGACUCGUCAUCAACCGCCUUAAACUACUGGAGAAAAAGAAAACCGAAUUGGCGCAGAAAGCUAGGAAGGAGAUUGCAGACUACUUGUCAGCAGGCAAAGAUGAGCGAGCCCGAAUCCGCGUCGAGCACAUCAUCAGAGAGGACUACCUGGUGGAAGCCAUGGAGAUCUUGGAGCUGUACUGUGACCUACUGUUAGCCCGCUUUGGCCUCAUUCAGUCAAUGAAAGAGCUGGACCCAGGCCUGCAGGAGGCUGUGUCCACUCUCAUCUGGGCUGCUCCUCGGCUGCAGUCAGAAGUCUCAGAGCUCAAAAUUGUGUCUGACCAGCUUUGUGCAAAAUACAGCAAAGAGUAUGGUAAGCUCUGCAGAACAAACCAGAUUGGGACAGUCAAUGACCGGCUCAUGCAUAAACUGAGUGUAGAGGCCCCACCAAAGAUCCUUGUGGAGCGCUACCUCAUAGAGAUCGCCAAGAACUACAAUGUCCCAUAUGAACCUGAUGCCAUGGUCAGGCCCGAGGUGACCCCGGGCGAGGAGGCUGACCUUAUUGACGUUGACAGCGACUUCAAGAAGGGUGGCUUCGGAGGUGGCGGCAGUGGAGGAGGAGGAGGUGGUGGUGGUGGCGGAUACACAGUGCCCCCUGGUGCUAUGCACAUGCCAAUGCCCAUGCCCAUGCCCAUGCCCUCUGCGUUCAGCUACCCACCUCCCAAAGGAGCUGAGCCCUUUAAUGGUCCUGUUGGUACCUAUGAUGGCUUUAGUAACUUCCAGGCACCAGGAAUUGGAGGGCAGCCCCCACAGCUGCCCAGCUGCCCCCCCACCUACGAGUCUAUUGAUGAAUUGUCUAUCAAACCCUCUGAUCUUCCCCAGGCUACAGGGCCAAGCCCCUCAACUCAGAUCUACGACAACAACGCCCUCCCAGAGCUGCCCUCUGUCCCUGACACGCUCCCAGCCACCUCGUUCGGCGGGAACACCGCCGCCUCAGACGACAUCGACUUUGAUGACCUGACCCGCCGCUUUGAGGAGCUGAAGAAGAAGACCUAAACGCCAGGCCCUUGUGUCCCUGUGACUCCACCUGAAUCAGAGUUACCGCAGCCAUCAAGACAACACAAAUCACAAUUUAACAAACAAAAAACUGGUCAGUUCCCCCUCUGAAAACCUUCAUCUGCGGAUCCCAAUGUUCCUCACUGUCCUCUAUCCACAGGUCUGGGUGUAGACAUACCUCAUCCAAGCACUCUUUGGCGUCGUUCCGUGUAUUUCUGGUGAAGGUUCAUAUAUCUUUUCUCUUUCGAAAUGCAAAUUGAAGGAUUUGACUGACCAAGGGUAUCUGAAUUUAGACUGUCAGGAAGUAAAUUGUAUAUCUACAGCUACACUUUAUACUUAACCAAGCCGUUUCUAUGUCUGCAUAUAUAAACUGUUUUUACAGAAGCACUUUGAACAUACAGUAUGGCCUUUUUGACAUAAAUGUUCUGCAUCUGUAAUUUAGAUAAUGCAGCAUGCAUGGAUAUUCCCAUGUGGCCAUUCCAUCCCCUCUAAGGAAAUGGUGAAUGUUUUCCUCCAGUUAACAAUCUGAAUAGUCUCCAGAAAUACAAUGCUUCAAGCAUUCUGCUUAAUGGUCCAAAUUUGCAUUCUUGAAUGCCUAGUAGAUCAGCGCAUUUGGACGCCACGCCCAAAAGGUUUAAACUUUUUUUCCGAUCAUCGCCAUAUCAGACAAGAAGAACCUGUCUGACAGGAUCUGAUUGGUGGCAUUUGUUGAACUUGUGCCUAGUACUGCCUAAACUCUGUCAGCAGCAGGGCACAGACCCAGUAGUCUGUUGGCAGAAUUCUCUCUUGCCAAGUGGUUACAAGCUGAAAUAAAGCAGUCACUAAAAAUGAGGGACAAAGGGCAAUCAUAGGUGUCGGAGAGCAGAGGGAAUCGGCAUCAUGGAAAUGUAUAAUUAAUACAAAAUGUUACAUCACUGAGGUCUUGUUUUAAUUUCUAAUGUGUUCUUAUUGGUUUGCUAUCCAUGUUGUGUGUUUUUUUUUUUUUUUUUAAAGGAAACCAAGCUUUCUUGUCAUAUAGCCUAUUUAAUGUACUCCAUGUUUUGCACUUCCAGUGCAUUACAGAACAUUGUUGCACAAUGGUGAUGGUGAAUGUUGAUUGUUAUAUCCUAUAAAGAGUCAGAUGGACAAGAUGGUGCUGUGUAAUAAUUGAUUUUAACCCUCCGUUUAGACAUUGUCUGAAUUUUGAAUGGCUGGCACAGUUCUCAGAAUAUCCAAAGUAACAGAAAAUUUUGCAUCACUGUUUUCUGUUUGUGCCAUGUUUCACCCACGAUGUAGUGAGUUAGAUGAUGGUUUUAAGUGACACUUACCAGAUAAUUAAUUUCUUAGGACACAGAGUUGGACGCUUUUUGUUGAGUGUUUCUCCUUUGUUAGUGUUUUAACUAAAGGCUCCUCCCAGCCGGUGUUUAAACUGACUUCUCUGUGUGUAUGAGCUGUGUUCAUCUUGUCGGCAAGCAUGUCCAUUUUCCUUAGUCAGUAGAUGUGACGCACCGUGCUUGUGACUUUUUUUUUUAUCAAGAUUUUAUUCAUUAAGCAGUCAAAACAGACUGAGGCCGCAGGUCUGGGUUGAGUUUGUGGCCUCCAGCAAAUAUGGGAUGCGGGCUACGCCUAAAACCAGUCGAACCCAUCUCUGAUUUUGCAGUCCUACUCUGAGAUGGUGCAUUAUGGAUAUUCACCCAGACCAAGACUUUGCCUUAGUUUGCAUCUUUUAUCAGUGGCCUUGCUGUUUCUGUUCAACCUGUAGUGACAAAUUACUGUCUCAUCUGGUGGUACGAUUAAAAAGCUACACCAUGACGCAUCAAGACUACUGAAACACUCUUUUUUCACAGCACUCCAUUUUUUGUUUGUGGGAGAGACUGGGUAACGUCAGAAAAAGUGCAGUUACAACUUCCGGUUUCACUGCUUUGUAUCGUAUAGCCUAUUGAAGAUCAUUUAGGAAAAUCGACCCUUUUGCAAUGUAAACUACAAUGUACUCACAUGAUUAUAUUAAACACUAUUGUACAGGAAAUUCCUGUCAGUUUUGUCGGGAAUAAUUUUAUGAAGUCUUAGAAAAUGUAGGAAUGGCUAUUAUUUUUUUGUCUUCAUUCAUAAUCUCUCAUUUUAAGAAAGCUCUCCUGUAACCAAAACAAUGGUUUAAUAAAGACCCAUUUCCAAGA